ACCCCUCUGCCCUGGGCUUCAUCAUCUCUCCAUGGUCCCUGUUGUUGAUGCCCUCAGGCAGCAUCUCCUUCACAGACGAGAACGUGACGCAGCAGGACCUGAGGGCCUUCACAGCUCCAGAGGUCCUGGAGGGAGUCACACUCUCUUCUCUGUCAGAUAUAGAGAAGGUAUUUAUGAUACUGUAUAUUAUUAUGUAAGAAGGUGCAGUAGCAGCAGGAUCUGAGGGCCUUACUCUCUCCUCUCUGUCACAGACAGACAGACAGACAUUUUUCCCAUAGGGGAUUUUAGAAACACUUAAAAUAAGGGCUGUGUUUUGUGUAGGCUUACCCUGGUGUGACGUUUUGAUAACCGUGUAAAUCUCUCUGACAAGGUGACUCUGCCACCUCUCGCUCUCUGCCGCACCUUGCUCUCGCCCUCUCUCUCGCUGCCUCUCUCUCUGUGCCCUCUCUCUCUGUGCCCUCUCUCUCUGUGCCCUCUCUCUCUGUGCCCUCUCUCUCUGUGCCCUCUCUCUCUGUGCCCUCUCUCUCUGUGCCCUCUCUCUCUGUGCCCUCUCUCUCCGUGCCCUCUCUCUCUGUCUUCUCUCUGCCUCUGUCUUCUCUCUGCCUCUGUCCCCUCUCUCUCUGCCCUCUCUGCCUCUGUCUUCUCUCUCUCUCUGUGCCCUCUCUCUCUGUGCCCUCUCUCUCUGUGCCCUCUCUCUGUGCCCUCUCUCUCUGUGCCCUCUCUCUCUGUGCCCUCUCUCUCUGUGCCCUCUCUCUCUGUCUUCUCUCUCUGUCUUCUCUCUGCCUCUGUCUUCUCUCUGCCUCUGUCCCCUCUCUCUCUGUCCCCUCUCUCUCUGUCCCCUCUCUCUCUGUCCCCUCUCUCUCUGUGCCCUCUCUCUCUGUGCCCUCUCUCUCUGCCCUCUCUGCCUCUGUCUUCUCUCUCGCUGUCCCCUCUCUCUCUGUGCCCUCUCUCUCUGUCCCCUCUCUCUCUGCCCUCUCUCUCUGUCCCCUCUCUCUGCCCUCUCUCUCUGUGCCCUCUCUCUCUGUCCCCUCUCUCUCUGUGCCCUCUCUCUCUGCCCUCUCUGCCUCUGUCUCCUCUCCUCUGUGGCCUCUCUGCCUCUCUCUCUGUCCCCUCUCUUCUCUGUGCCCCUCUCUCUGCCCUAUCUGGCCUCUGUCUCUCUCUCUCUCUGUCCCCUCUCUCUCUGUCCCCCUCUCUCAUCUGCCCUCUUGCCUCUCUGCCUGUCCUUCUCUCUCUCGCUGCCUCUCGCCCUUCUCGCCUGCCUCUCUCUCUGUUUCCUCCCCCUCUCUCUGUCCCCUCUCUCUCUGUCCCCCUCUCUCUCUGGUCCCCUCUCUCUCUGUCCCCUCUCUCUCUGUGUGGCCCUCUCCUCUCUGCCCUCUCUGCCUCCGCUCUGUCCCCUCUCUCUCUGCCCUCUCUGCUCGGCCCUCUCUGCCUCUGUCUUCUCGCUUUCCUUCUCUCUCUCUGUCCCCUCUCUCUCUGUCCCCCUCUCUCUGUCCCUCUCUCUCUGCCUCUCUCUGCCUCUCUCUCUGUCUCGCCUCUCUCUCUGCCCUCCUCUCUGCCCUCUCUGCUCUGUCUCUCUCUGCUCUGUCCCUCUCUCUGUCCCCUUACUCUCUGUCCUCUCUCUUCUGUGCCCUCUCUCUCUGUCUCUGCCUCUAUCUUGUCCCUCUCUCUUGUGCCCUCUUCUUGCUCUUGCUCUGCUUCUCUCCGUGCCUCUCUCUUCCCCUCUCUCUUGCCACUCUCUCUGCCCUCUCUCUUGUCUAUUCCUAUUACAGUUGCACACUCUCUUUGUUUUCUGUUGCUUGUCUUAACUUACUCUUCUCUAGGUCGCCAUCUCUCUGCUCCUUUGCCUCAGCCUUUUUCUUGUCUCACUCUCUAAGAAGACGUAUGUACAGUUCAACACAUCUGUUUGUGGGGUUGUUUGUUGCUUUGUAUAUAAAAACAUGUAAUAAAACAUACAAAUGAGUGCAGUUUGUUAAUUCCAUCAUGCUCUGAAUGACCUCAAAAGACCUCUAUCUCUGGCCAAGAAUCACACACCUCAACACACAGCGCUGUACACAGUCAAUAGUGACUAUCCACUCUAACUGUAGAGGUUAGGAUACAAUAAGGUUUCUAUUCUCAUAAUAUAAAUACAAUUACAUGUUGAAUAUGAAUGAUAUAUUACAACAUGUCCUAUGCUUUUCUGUUUUAAUUGCCCUAGAAAUGCCAUGCUCUGUAUAAUGACAGAGAGGACAUUGUAAUUGUGAGGUGUUUGUGAAUCACAUUCAUAACUCUAACAGUUUUACUCUUUAAAGCUUGUGGUGAACUCUGACUGUUCCUAAGACAUUGGAGGCUGUGAUGUUGCGUUCUUUGGCAAUCGUCUCAUUAUUCUAUCAUCAGCAAGCCUAACUCUGAGGGGAAGCUAUUUCUCUGCUCUUGGGGAGCUUGCCUGCAGAAUUGUAAGGAAUGGAAAAGGUUUGGAUCUAGUUGCUGAACUGAAGGCAAUUUCUCUCCUCUUUUAGGAAAUCUGCUGCAGAAUUGAAAGUAAAAUGUAUGGAUCUGAGCUAGCUGAACUGAAGUAUGACAAUGUAUUUUAGCCCACAUGGUCAAGUGGUUAUUGAACUGCAGGCAGCAUUUUUGUCUCAGAACAUUUUAGAUGAGACAUACAUACUUCAGCACAUUUUUAAUAGAUGGCUACUUUUAGCUUAGUUUCAGAACAGAACAAAGGGUCAGAUUUAUUGUUGUAUUAGUCAGACGGGAGCCAGGCCUCAGAACUACAGCUACUGCCUUUUUUUUUUGUGCCUAAUUAUUGGAAACACUUAUCCUGUUUUUUGGAAUUCAUUUUUUCACAGAUGCACAUGUACUCCCUUGGAAUGACCUUGUUUUGGGGAGCGGACUAUGAGAUUCCACAGAGUCAGGUACAUCAUUCAUAAUCCAUAGAUGAUGCAUUCACAAGUUCGAAAACAGAUUUAACAAUCACGUUUUCUAUUUGCAGAAAUGAUGUUUUAUGUAUACUCAUCCUCCCCCUGUAAGUGUUCAUUUAAAACCCCUCUGUGAUGUCCUGUGUCUGUCUCAGCCGAUGAAGCUGGGCGAGCACCUGAACAGUAUUCUCCUCAACAUGUGUGACGACGGCACCCUGAGCCGUAUGUCUGUGCUCACCGUAAUGGACGCCUGCAGCACACACAUCAGAAAUUCUAGCUGCGAACCCUCCUUCACACACAUCAGAAAGCUGGUCCGACUGGUGCUGGGCAGCCUCUCCCAGGUAAAUAACAACUACGACACAUCACUGUUAGCAUUUUAUAGUGGACCUGUGUGUUUUAAUACCCCUUAUACUUAACAAAAUACAGGAGGCUUGGGCGGUAUCCAGAUUUUCAUACCGUUCUUCUGCCAUCCCGGGAUUUAUGGUAUUACCAGCAUAGCACACAAGGGGGCGCAAAAAAAAUGGAAAAAAGCCCAUUGGGCGUCUAUUACCAGAAUGCUAACAAAAUUAGCGAAAUCAGAUGGACGCUGUUAGCUAAAUAUUAACGAACAUAACCAUUCUGGGGAACUACGGUAAGCUUCAUAAUGUAAAAUUAAUUGACGGGUAAAAGAACGCAAUCUGCUUUAUCUACUAACGUAUUGCACAAGUUGACUGCAGGUAUUAACUUAAAGUAGCUACAAAUAUUUACAUUUAUUGAAAAACUUCAAAUAAAUAAUUGACUAUUUUUUUCCAAAUACCCAGGUAUACGGUAUCAAAUUGUAUUUGUCACAUUCGCUGAAUACAACAGGUGUAGACCUUACCGUGAAAUGCUUACUUACAAGCCCUUAACCAAUAAUGCAGUUAAGAAAAUAGAGUUAAUAAAAUAUUUACUAAAUAAACUAAAGUAAAAAAAAGUUUUUAAAAAAAAAGUAACACAAAACAACAAUGAGGCUAUAUACAGGGGGUACCGAGUCAAUGUGUGGGGGUACAUGUAGGUAGGGGUAAAAUGACUAUGCAUAGAUAAUAAACAGCAAGUAGCAGCAGUGUAAAAACAAAGGUUGGGGUGGGGGGGGGGGGGCAGUGCAAUUAGUCCGGGUGGCCAUUUUUAUUAAUUGUUCAACAGUCUUAUUGCUUGGGAGUAAAAGCUGUUAAGGAGCCUUUUGGACCUAGACUUGGCACACCGGUACCGCUUGCCAUGCAGUAGCAGGGAGAACAGUCUAUGACUAGGGUGACUGGAGUCUUUGAUAAUUUUUUGGGCCUUCCUCUGACACCGCCUGGUAUAGAGGUCCUGGAUGGAAGGAAGCUUGUCCCCAGUGAUAUACUGGGCCGUACGCACUACCCUCUGUAGUGCCUUACGGUCAGAUGCCGAGCAGUUGCCAUACCAGGCAGUGAUGCAACCAGUCAGGAUGUGCUCGAUGGUGCAGCUGUAAAACCUUUUGAGGAUCUGGGGACCCAUGCCAAGUAUUUUCUGUCUCCUGAGGGGAAAAGAUGUUGUCGUGCCCUCUUCACGACUUUCUUGGUGUGUUUGGACCAUGAUAGUUUGUUGGUGAUGUGGACACCAAGGUACUUAACUCUCGACCCGCUCCACUACAGCCCCGUCGAUGUGAAUGGGGGCGUGUUCGGCCCUCCUUUUCCUGUAGUCCACAAUCAUCUCCUUUGUCUUGCUCACGUUGAGGGAGAGGUUGUUGUCCUGGCACCACACUGCCAGGUCUCUGACCUCCACCCUAUAGGCUGUCUCAUCGUUGUCGGUGAUCAGGCCUAACACUGUUGUGUCGUCAGCAAACUAAAUGAUGGUGUUGGAGUCGUGCUUGGCCACGCAGUCAUGGAUGAACAGGGAGUACAGGAGGGGACUAAGCACGCACCCCUGAGGGGCCCCCAUGUUGAGGAUUAGCAUGGCAGAUGUGUUGUUGCCUACCCUUACCACCUGGGGGCAGCCCGUCAGGAAGUCCAGGAUCCAGUUGCAGAGGGAGGUGUUUAGUCCCAGGGUCCUUAGCUUAGUGAUGCGCUUUGUGGGCACUAUGGUGUUGAACCCUGAGCUGUAGUCAAUCAACAGUAUUCUCACAUAGGUGUUCCUUUUGUCCAGGUGGGAAAGGGCAGUGUGGAGUGCAAUUGCAUCAUCUGUGGUUCUGUUGUGGCGGUAUGCGAAUUGGAGUGGGUCUAGGGUUUCCGAGUUGAUGGUGUUGAUGUGAGCCAUGACCAGCCUUUCAAAGCACUUCAUGGCUACCGACGUGAGUGCUACGUGGCGGUAAUCAUUUAGGCAGGUUACCGUCGCUUUCUUGGGCACAGGGACUAUGGUGGUCUGCUUGAAACGUGUAGGUAUUACAGACUCGGUCAGGGAGAGGUUGAAAAUAUCAGUGAAGACACUUGCCAGUUGGUCUGCGCCUGCUCUGAGUACAAGUCCUGGUAAUCCGCCCGCGUCCUUGUGAAUGUUGACCUGUUUAAAUGUCUUGCUCACAUCGACUACGGAGAGCGUGAUCACACAGUCGUCUGGAACAGCUGGUGCUUUCAUGCAUGCUUCAGUGCUGCUUACCUCGAAGUGAGCAUAAAAGGCAUUAAGCUCGUCUGGUAGGCUCGCGUCACUGGCCAGCUCGCGGCUGGGUUUCCCUUUGUAGUCCGUAGUAGUUUGCAAGCCCUGCUACAUCCGACGAGCAUCAGAGCCGGUGUAGUAGGAUUCAAUCUUAGUCCUGUAUUUACGCUUUGCCUGUUUGACGGUUCGUCUGAGGGCAUAGUGGGAUUUCUUAUAAGCGUCCGGAUUAGUGUCCCGCUCCUUGAAAGUGGCAGCUUUAGCCUUUAGCUCGGUGCGGAUGUUGCCUGUAAUCCAUGGCUUCUGGUUGGGAUAUGUACAUACAGUCACUGUCGGAACGUCGUCGUCGAUGCACUUAUUGAUGAAGCCGGUGACUGAUGUGGUGUACUCCUCAAUGCCAUUGGAUGAAUCCCGGAACAUAUUCCAGUCUGUGCUAGCAAAACAGUCCUGUAGCGUAGCAUCCGCGUCAUCUGACCACUUCCGUAUUGAGCGAAUCACUGGUACUUCCUGCUUUAGUUUUUGCUUGCAAGCAGGAAUCAGGAGGGCGAGGGAGAGCUUUGUCUGUGUGUGGAGUAAAGGUGGUCUAUAGUUUUCUUCCCCCUCUGGUUGCACAUUUGACAUGCUAGUAGAAAUGAGGUGAAACGGAUUUAAGUUUGCCUGCAUUAAAGUCCCCGACCACUAGGAGCGCCGCUUCUAGAUGAGCAUUUUCUUGUUUGCUUAUGGCCUUAUGCAGCUCGUUGAGUGCGGUCUUAGUGCCAGCGUCGGUUUGUGGUGGUAAAUAGACAGCUACGAAAAAUACAGAUAAACUCUCUUGGUAAAUAGUGUGGUCUACAGCUUAGACUACCUUAAUAUUAGGUAUCGCGCACCGACUGUUAUUGGCAAAUAGACACACACCCCCACCCCUCGUCUUACCAGAGGUAGCUGUCCUGCCGAUGCACGGAAAACCCAGCCAACUGCAUAUUAUCUGUGUCAUCGUUCAGCCACGACUCGGUGAAACAUAAGAUAUUACAGUUUUUAAUGUCCUGUUGGUAGGAUAGUCUCAAACGGAGCUCAUCCAGUUUAUUCUCCAGUGAUUGCACGUUGGCUAAUGAACGGAUGGUAGAGGCGGGUUACCCACUCGCCGACAAAUUCUCACAAGGCACCCGAUCUCCACCCCCUGUAUUUCCUUAUUUUCUUAAUGCGAAUGAUGGGGAUUUGGGCCUUUUCCGGGAGCAACAUUAUAUCCUUCGAGUCCGACUCAUUAAAGAAAAAAUCUUUGUCCAGUUCGAGGUGAGUAAUCGCUGUUCUGAUUUCCAGAAGCUCUUUUCGGUCUUAAGAGACGGUAGCAUCAACGUUAUGUACAAUACUGCCCAUGCCUAAAGUACAGUAAUUAUCUUAAUCAAAAUAGUCAUAUUUUGAACUACAAUAGAUCACCCUUAACUGUUUUGUGAAGCCCAUUGCCAAAUGGCAAAGAUUGAAUGUUUGAAGGGGCGCUACUUUACCUACUGUGCUCCAGCUCAGUCAAAGCUCUUCUCUGUCCUGGCAUCCCAAUGGUGGAACAAGCUUCCCCCUAACGUCAGUACAGCAGAGUCCCAGCCCAUCUUCUGAAAACGUCUGAAACCCUUUUAAAGCUCUUUUUAGAGUUUCUUAAAAACACACCACUGCGUUUGUCUUCUCUAACCACCAGCGACUUUGCUGACAACUACUUUGAGGGGAAAUUAGCUUGCUAUGAUUGUGAUAUGUUGUCUCCCUAGCUACAGUAUCUUAAGAUGAAUGCACUAAUUUAAGUUGCUCUGGAUAAGAGCAUUUGCUAAAUGACUCAAAUGUGUGACUCAAUCCAAUAUAGCCACUCCCUAGCUUCUUAUUGAAGUGCUAGCAGAGGAAGGACAACUUAGGCAGGCUAAAAGGCCAUUAUCUGACUGGUUACAGCACAACGUAACCAAUAUACCGUGGUUCACGUCAACCCCAAGGGAUCUUAUGAAGCCUCAGACAGACUGUUAGAUGUCCCCUCCAGCUCCUUUUGUUAACCUCAACCUCUUUUCUUUUCUUUAUUCUCUCUCUCCUUCCUGCGCUCAUUUUCCCUCUCUCUCUCAUUCGCUCUCUCUCAUUCACUCUCUUGCUCCCUGUUUUUCUGUCUCUCUCCCCCUCUCUCCAUCAGCUGGAUGGCCUACUGUCCCAGAGUGAUAGGGAGUCUAUUCCGGAGAGGAGCAAGGAGAUUCGGGAGAGGCUUCGGGGCAAAGGCCUUCCCUCAGGUAACAUGUUCUUCACGGUCUCAACCUCCCAACCACCUGCA